UUCAGAACCAUUCACUUUACAGGGACUGCUCAAAAUGAAGUCAUUCAAAGUAGCAAUUUUGUUUUGUGCAAUCGUGGCUGUUCAAGGCCGUGCUCGUCGGGAUGUAGCUGAAGCUGUAACUGAAGAUGUAGAUGAUAUUCCUCAAGAUGGAAAGAUUGUUGGAGGUACAGAGAUCCCCAUCUCUCAAGUACCCUACCAAGCCGCCAUGUUGAUUAAUGGCCGUCUCUCCUGUGGAGGAAGUAUCAUCGCUGACCGUUGGAUCCUUACCGCAGCACAUUGCGUCCCUGGAGUGACUACUUCUCAAAUGCGCAUCCGUGUAGGAUCUGCUGAUUCUCUAAGUGGUGGACAAGAGCUCCGAGUCUCUCGUAUCAUAUCUCACGCCAGAUACAAUUCCCGUACAAUGGACUUUGAUGUCGCUUUGGUUCAAGUAAGUUCCAGCAUCACUCAAGGCAGAAGAAUUUCACUGGCUAACACUGAACCUGCUGCUGGAACAACAGUGAAGGUUAGCGGAUGGGGCGCUAUGCGUUCUGGUGGUCAAGUUACGAGGACAUUGAGAGGUGUAGAUGUUUCCAUUGUUGCUAGAAGUACCUGUGAGAGGAAUUAUGGUACUGGUGAGAUUACUCGCAGGAUGAUCUGUGCUGCUCGUGAUGGUAGGGACUCUUGCCAGGGUGAUUCUGGUGGUCCUUUGGCUUUGGGUAAUUCCUUGGUUGGUGUUGUUUCUUGGGGACAAGGAUGUGCUCAAAGAGGAUACCCUGGAGUGUAUGCUAACGUUGCCAAUUCUGAGAUUAGACAAUUUAUUAACCAAAAUGUCAAUUUUUCUUAAACACGAUGGAAUAAUUAUAGAUUAAUGCAAGCAGAA